AAAAAGUGAAGAAAUGGAACCUGCAAAUUAUACUAGGGUGACAGAAUUUGUUCUUACUGGUCUAUCGCAGACUCGGGAGGUACAACUAGUCCUAUUUGCUAUAUUUCUAUUCUUCUAUUUGUUCAUUCUUCCAGGAAACAUUCUUAUUAUCUGCACCAUCAGGCUUGACCCCCAUCUGACUUCACCCAUGUAUUUUCUGUUGGCUAAUCUGGCCUUCCUUGACAUUUGGUAUUCCUCCAUCACAGCCCCUAAAAUGCUCAUAGACUUCUUUGUGGAAAGGAAGAAAAUUUCCUUUGGAGGAUGCAUUGCACAGCUCUUCUUCUUGCACUUCGUUGGGGCUUCAGAGAUGUUCCUACUCACAGUAAUGGCCUUUGAUCGCUAUGCUGCUAUCUGCCACCCACUCCGCUAUGCUACCAUCAUGAAUCGACGUCUCUGCUGUAUUUUAGUUGCUGUUUCCUGGAUGGGAGGCUUCAUUCAUUCUAUAAUACAGGUGGCUCUCAUUGUUCGACUUCCCUUCUGUGGGCCCAAUGAGUUAGACAGUUACUUCUGCGACAUCACGCAGGUUGUCCGGAUUGCCUGUGUCAACACCUUCCUGGAGGAGUUAGUGAUGAUAUUUAGCAGUGGUCUGAUCUCUGUGGUGUGUUUCAUUGCUCUCCUAAUGUCCUAUGCCUUCCUUCUGGUGGUGCUCAGGAAACACUCAGGCUCAGGUGAAAGUACCAGCCGGGCCAUGUCCACCUGCUAUUCCCACAUCACCAUUGUGGUGCUAAUGUUUGGGCCAUCCAUCUACAUUUAUGCUCGCCCAUUUGACUCUUUUCCCCUCGAUAAAGUGGUAUCUGUGUUUCACACUGUGAUAUUCCCUUUACUUAACCCCAUCAUCUACACAAUGAGAAACAAGGAAGUAAAGACAGCCAUGAGGAAGUUGGUCAACAUAAAUUUUAUAUAAAGAGAAGUGAAAGAUUAAUGGCACAUUUAUAGUCUUUCUGAAGGUCAUUGACCUAAAAUAAGAAGCAUUUGCUGUGGUAAUAAUGCUACUUUCACUACCUAUUUUCAUCUGAGUUCUUAAAAAUUCCACUAGGUUUUUUCCCCU